CGAAGCCCGUCUCAAGCGCUGGUUGAGAGUUGGGACGGGGGCGGGGAGGGGAAUGCGUUGGUGACGCGGUGCCCCACGUGACACCGGAGGGGGUUGAAGGAGCGUUAACCCUACAAAGCCCGGGCGGCAGGCAGGUCUCCUCUCCCCCCACUCCCUGGGAAGAUGGAACGGGACUGCUAACGAUGGCCGAUAUGAAUUCCCCAAAGUGUCCUACGCCACAGCCCCAGCCUGCUUCCACCCAGAAGAGCACUCGCAUCCUCAUCGGUGUAACCGGAAGUGUGGCUGCCUUAAAGUUGCCUCUUCUCAUCUCGGAGCUGCUGAAGAUACCCUCACUGGAAGUUCAAGUGGUGACUACAGAACACGCAAAGCACUUUUACAACCCUCAUGAGAUUCCAGUCACCCUCUACAGUGACACCGAUGAAUGGGAGCUCUGGAAAGGGCGCACGGAUCCGGUGCUGCACAUUGAGCUGAGGCGCUGGGCCGAUAUCAUGGUGGUCGCCCCUCUGGAUGCAAACACCCUGGCUAAAAUUGCCAACGGCCUCUGCGAUAACUUGCUGACAUGCAUCAUCCGUGCCUGGGAUCUGAGCAAACCGCUGCUCUUCUGCCCUGCCAUGAACACAGCCAUGUGGGAGCACCCCAUCACCGUGCGGCAGGUGGAGCAGCUGAAGGGCUUUGGCUACGUGGAGGUUCCUUGCAUUGUGAAGAAGCUGGUUUGUGGAGACGAAGGGCGCGGCGCCAUGGCAGAAGUGCCAACCAUUGUGGAGAGAGUCAAGUCCAUCCUGUCUGAGUGGGGCCGCCUGCCCACGUAGUGCCGGAGUGGGCUGCAUUUCUUCCUCCUCGUGGGCAAUCGGUGGGCUACGAAGAUGGGAGGAGCCAACAAAAAAUGUGAAGAAUUGCCUUCUUGGGAAACAAAA